GAAGGCUACUAAGUGAAUGUGUCACGUUACGACGAAGGAAAAUCUAUACGAAAGGGAUUUAGUUGUUUUAUUGUGAUUUGCUUCGUGAUGGGAUUCACAGUGAUUGGUUAAUCUGUUAACCAAGAAAGCUACUCACGAUACAUGGUCGACUGGUAUGAUGGUAUCGGCUGAUAACCUGUAACUUUUGUUGUAAACAACGUUGUUUUUAUUUUUGUACUUCCUUGCCGAAGAAGGAAAUUGCCUUUUUGACGACCGUGUGCAUUUGAUACCGCUUUUACACCUCAAGAUGCCUCCCAAGUUUGCCAGAAUACCAGACAGUUCGGACCUCAGAUCAGCCCAUGACGUUGAACGGCAAGGACUGCUCGAUGGCGACGAUUCUGAUGAAGACUUCUUUCUCAGGGGUCCCUCAGUGUGGACAAACAAUCUCAGAUCAGACCCGAAAGUAUCUAGACUGCAGAACCAGGUGGAUGAUGUGGUGGAUGUCAUGAAGAACAAUGUCAGCAAGGUUCUGGACCGUGGCGAGCGUCUCGAUGACCUGCAGGAUAAAUCAGACAGCCUUGCCAGCAACUCGGACAUGUUCGAUCCAGAGCCAAGGGUCUGCAGAGAUCCAUGUGGUGGAAGAACUGUCGGGUGAAGAUAAUCUUAGCAUAUCUGGAGAUUAUCGAGGAUGGCAUGUAUCGUGGUUGUGCUGGCUGUCAUCAUAAUUCCAAUAAUCAUCAAAUCUCAGCAAUAACCACAGAAGCUCUGAGAAUUGAGAUGAAGUCGGCCUUUGCUUCCUGGAUGCAAAGUACACCUUGAUGGGAGUACACCAUGGUGGUAGUACACCAUGGUGGGAGUACAGUGUACACCUGAAUGUGAUGUUGUUCUAGGAAACAAGUAACAUUUAUGGGUUAGAAGCAAACAGAAUGUCUUGUGGGUUGAAAUCAGUUGAGGUUUAGAUAUACUAUGUCAUCUUUCUAUGAUCUGUGGAAAUCACUCUGUGACUGGAAAAGGUUCCCUCUGGUUAGAUAUAACACAUUGAAUAGUUAUAUCUAAAUAAUGUUUCAAAUUUGUAAAUAUAUUUUUUCACCAUAAUGGGGCAAUUGACUUGUACAUUUAUCAUUAAAUGACAAAUAUUUUUGCACUGGUCAUAAUAACAGAAACUUGAUGUGCAUAUUUGCUUGUAAAUAUCUGCUUCACUGGUUAGAACAAUCAACAAAGAUCAACAAUGAACUUGCUUCUACUCACAGUGGAUUAGUAACUUGUGUGUGGUCAGUUGAGGGUGUUGAAUUGUUCGUGUUAGUGUCAUUUC